GAAGAAGAAGAAGGACGUGUUUUCGUGGCUGACGCAGAGGAAGAGACGUGUUGAGAGACGUCCUGUUAAACCUCCUGGAUACAUGAGAAAAUGGCAAACGUUUGCAUCGACAGUUUAAUCUUGAAGCUCCACGAUGUGAACGCGGUGAAGUUCGGAGAGUACAAGCUGAAGAGCGGCAUGCUGACACCCAUUUACAUCGACCUGAGAGUUCUCGUGUCUUACCCAGUACUCAUGAACCAGGUGUCAGGUCUCAUCUAUCAGCGAGUGCAAGAAGAGGGGCUACAGUUUGACUCGGUGUGUGGAGUUCCAUACACAGCCCUGCCUUUGGCCACAAUCAUCUGUUCUCAGAAUGAACUGCCCAUGCUCAUCAGGCGGAAGGAGUCCAAGGACUAUGGAACCAAGCGUCUGGUGGAGGGCACGUUUCGUGAGGGGGAUACAUGUCUGAUCAUUGAGGACACGGUGACCACUGGCAGCAGCAUCCUGGAGACUGCUGAAGUGCUCUACAAAGAGGGACUGAAGGUGACCGAUGCCAUAGUACUAAUGGACAGAGAGCAAGGCGGUGUAGAGAUGUUGGCUUCUGAGGGAAUCAAGCUCCAUCCCAUCAUUUCCAUGGCCAAGCUGCUCAGUGUGCUGCUGACAGCCGAACGCAUCAACGCUGAAACCGCCCAGAGAGUCCGCAAGUUCAUCCAGGACAAUAACACUUUCAGCCCCAAGGAGGAGAAUGGCAAUCAUGUUCCUGCCACCAAGAAGCUAUGUGUGGAGCAGAGCAUGGAGCUCAGCUAUGCAGACAGAGCCAAGCUACCAAACAUUCACCCUCUAGCAUCAAAGCUGCUGACGAUCAUGGAGGAGAAGCACUCUAACCUCUGCGUGUCCGCUGAUGUGACGAGCAGUGCGGAGCUCCUUCAGCUAGCAGACACUCUAGGUCCCAGCAUUUGCGUGCUGAAGACCCAUGUAGACAUCCUAAAGGACUACACGGGGGCCUUCAGCCAGAAACUGCAGGCUUUGGCUGAGAAACACAACUUCCUCAUCUUUGAAGAUCGUAAGUUUGCUGACAUUGGGAACACAGUUAAACAUCAGUAUGAAGGUGGUUUGUACCAGAUCUCAUCUUGGUCACACAUAGUGAAUGCCCAUGCGGUGCCGGGGCCCGGAGUUGUGAAGGGUCUGAGUUCUGUAGGAAAGCCUCUGGGCCGGGGCUGUUUGCUCAUAGCACAGAUGAGCUCCCAGGGGUCGCUGGCUACUGGCGAAUACACAAGGGCUGUGCUGAAGAUGGCAGAGGAGCAGGCAGACUUUGUGAUUGGGUUUAUCUGUGGAUCUAAGAUCUCCAAGAGGCCAGAGUUCAUCCACAUGACCCCUGGGGUGCAGAUGCAGGCUGGAGGUGAUGUUUUGGGCCAGCAGUACACCACUCCAGAGGAAAUCCUCCACAACAAAGGCUCUGAUGUCAUCAUUGUCGGUCGGGGUAUACUGGAGGCCCCUGAUAGGCUGAAAGCUGCUGAGUCAUACCGAAAGUCAGGCUGGGAGGCUUACACAAAGAGACUGGGCGAGAGCAGCCAAUAGGAGCAGUGGAGCAUCAACUCCAUCAUUGCGUCUUAUUUUCAAAUUUAUGCUACAUAUCUAAAACAGACCUUUGCAGAUGAUCUGGGCAUACUUUUUGUUUUGUUUUUUGUACAUUUUCAAAGAACGCAAGUGUGCACAUAGUUGUAUACCUAGAAACAUAUGUAGAUGUGCUCAUCUGCACACGAAACCGCCACAUCGAAAUGCACACCUGUUCCUACACAACAGUUUAUUAACAUUUGCGAGGGGUACCCGGCAGAUGUGAGGAAUUGGACACUUUACUGUUGAAUGUGUGGAAUUGUGUUCUCUUGAUUCUGUCCUAUGAAAAAGCUGCUUUAAAUGUGUUCUUUUGAUUCCCUUCUUUUUAACAUGCUGCAGAACCUGACCUGAAGUUUAUCUGCUAAGGUACUUCUGAACAAAUUUAAGAAAAGGUUUCUGUAUUCCUUUUUAGAUUGGGUAAAUUCCUCCUGUCCAGGUCAAACUAUGCAGAGUUGGAGAUAAAUCGUGUAUUAAUCAUAAUAGCUAGUUUUCUAAAUGAUGUGGCUGCUAAACUCUCAGAAGUCCCCUGAGGAUAUCUUUGUGAAAGCAGGAAUACAAGGUGUCAUCCCCUUGACAAAAACUACUGCUUUGGCACAAACCCCCAUUCCUGUGUAUGCUUUCAUAUCAUUUCUGAAAUACUAGACCAAGAUUUGUAGCACAAAUUAUGGGUAUGGCUAAUUCUUUUUAAUUGUUGUAUAUUAUUUAGAUUGAAAUUCCAGAUAUUUUUGUAUCUCUCUCCUCAAAACUCCUUCAAAGAACAGCACCUGACACCACCUAACAAAUCUCUGCUAGUCACAGAGUAAUUCAUUGUUAAACCACCUUCACAUCAAUAUUAAGUUGAUUUUAAAUUUACACAAGUUCAUUUCGUAGCAAAUGGAACAGCUUGGUCAGCCGUAGUUCAGUAAUGUACGAUAGGUUUCAAAUUAAAUCUUGACUGUGAUCCUGACUUGUCUUUUGAAAUGUUUGCUCUUUACAUUUACAAAAUUGUGUUUGAUACUUAUUUUUCAACAGCUGCAGUUGUUCAUUAGUUUGGAUGAUCAGUGUGUAGCCCCCCAGAUCAUUCAAAAUGACAAGAUGAGGGAAUGCUGAUGGCAGUCGUUAAAACUGUCUUAAGUCCAGUGUCUGCCGUCCAUAUUGCUUAAUGUAAAAUGACAAAUACUGAGGUGAGGCAUUCAUUUUUCUACCAAGAUAUGAAUUAAUUUAUAAUGUGACAUCAUCACUGUUUGUGACAGAGUUUUGUUUAGAUGAGCGAAUUGCCUUCAGAUUAAGACUCCUCCCUUUAAUUUUAGACAGAAGUUGAAUUUUGUAAUCUUGGAGUCCUGGAUCCAUGGCAGUUGUGCUAUUACUACUAGUCAUGCAGUGAAACGGCUCCAUGGUAUUCUCCUUGAUUUAAUGGCUGAAUGUGGCGUUCCUUGUCUUACAGAGGCCUUGUUCUGUAAGACUUUUAAGACUCAAAUAAAUGCAAUGCUUUCUUUUUGAAGUGUGACAAUAAACAUUUAAAUAAAUCAUGUUGGAAAAACUUG